CUUUUACCUUUUUUUAAGUUGGUUACGUUGGCAGAGUAGCCAGGACAAAUAAAUAUUUAUUUUAUAAAUAUACCAUAAACUUCAUUUUACGCAGAAAAGAGCAGUCACCGGCGGGAAAUUUGAAUUGGCCAAUACUGAGUGUCCACGAAUUCCAUUGACAAUAUCGUGUCUUUCUUCGGAGUGCCAAAAAAGAUUGACGUGUUUAUUUCAGCACGGCUCAUUGUUUAGCCGAUAGGUUGUGCGAUCUCAUUUAUGUAAUAGUCGAUGUUUUUAUAGUUCGUAAAUUAACUAGCACUUAAUCAACACAAUGUUACACACCUAUUUCCUGGGUAUUUUAUUGUGUGUGGGGUCUGGGUUGGCGUUGUAUGACUCCAGUUCGGACGUGGUAGACCUGACCCCUGACAAUUUCAAUGACCUAGUCACAAACGGCUAUGAAACUUGGUUGGUGGAAUUCUACGCGCCGUGGUGCGGCCACUGCAAGAACAUGGUGCCAGAGUACAAGAAAGCGGCCAGAGCGCUGAAGGGUGUAGUUAAAGUGGGAGCAAUGGAUGCUGACAAGUACAGAAGCUUUGCUAAGGACUUUGGAGUAUCAGGUUUCCCAACAAUAAAGAUCUUCACAGGCCGCCAACAUGUUGCAUACAAAGGUGGAAGGACAGCCGAUGCUUUCGUAGAUGCUGCUCUUAAGGCUGUGAAGACUAAGGCUUACGAAAGACUAGGAAAGAAACCCGAGGAUUCAUCAGAAAAGUCAUCUUCCGGCUCAGACGUGGUCACGCUAACAGACGACAACUUCAAGAAAUUAGUGUUGGACAGCGAUGACAUCUGGUUGGUGGAGUUUUUCGCCCCAUGGUGCGGACACUGCAAGAACCUCGAGCCACACUGGGCUAAGGCAGCUACUGAACUUAAGGGCAAGGUGAAAGUAGGAGCCCUUGACGCGACGGUACACCAGGAGAUGGCCAGCCGCUUCCAAGUACAAGGCUACCCGACCAUCAAGUACUUCCCUUCAGGCAAGAAGACUUACGACUCAGCCGAGGACUACAACGGAGGCAGGACGUCCAGUGACAUCGUAUCAUUCGCCCUUGAGAAACUCGCUGAGAAUGUACCAGCUCCGGAAAUUAUCCAGGUUGUCAACGAGGCAUCAAUGCAGGCAUGCAGCGAGAAGCCAUUGUGCGUGGUGUCGGUACUGCCUCACAUCCUCGACUGUAACGCAGCCUGCCGCAACGACUACCUCGCCAUACUCGCGCGCCUCGGAGACAAGUACAAGAACAAGAUGUGGGGAUGGGUAUGGGCAGAGGCUGGUGCACAAACAGCUUUAGAAGAAUCUUUGGAGCUCGGCGGCUUCGGCUACCCCGCUAUGGCAGUGGUCAACGCUAAGAAACUUAAGUUCUCAACCCUUAGGGGAUCCUUCUCCGAAACUGGUAUCAAUGAAUUCCUUAGGGAUCUGUCAUUCGGUCGCGGCCAGACCGCGCCUGUCAGAGGUGCUGAGAUGCCAAAGAUAGUGUCAACCGACGCUUGGGACGGCAAGGAUGGUGAACUGCCUCAGGAAGAAGAAAUCGACCUAUCCGACGUUGACCUUGAGAAGGACGAGUUAUAAGUGCAAACAGUGACUUAGACAGGCGUAGCUAGGCAAGAAUACUUUUGUAAAAUACAGUAUUUAUAUCAAGACCCAAAACGUAGUAAAAAACCAUCAUAAAAUACUUCUAGAAGGUUCCAAUCUAGCUACGCCAGUAAAUGAUACUCGUACCUCUUAAACUGUUAACAGUGGUUGAGUGCAUUCAAAGUUAUCUGCAGUGAGAACCCAAAUUCAUAUCAAUAAAUCUCUGCUUUUAUAGUAAGAUGCAGGUUCGAGCAUUUAAUCUUAAUCCAUAGUAUUUUAUUGAAGUGAGCCAGUGAAUAGUGUUACUAUUAGAGAAAUUAAUGCGGGCGUAGUUUGACACUAUGCCGUUACACAGACUAUUAAUUCAUACAGUGCUGGAUUGAGCAUCAAUCCUUAGCAAAAUCUACUGAUCCCUUCGAUCUGACUUAUUCACUCAAAUUAUGUUGGGCCCGGUAGAUAUUAUUACUAUCGCUAUCGUUUAAAUCCAGUACUGAUUCCAUCACAUAUUAUUUACUUUAUUUUCUGAUAUAUUUUAACGUAUCUGAAGAUCACAAACUGAACUUAUCGUAAUGUUUGGAGCUUGUAAGCUCAGCUCUAGCGAGUGACGCAAUGACUGAUGUUUCUGAAUGAUUUUUCUUAUUCAUUUCUUUACACAAAAGAUAAAAGGACUGAUACCUUUUUAGUUGGUGAUGAUUGGAAUUAGUUUUCUACCUACCAUUCUUCCAAUAAUCUUGGUUUAGACGUUGUAAGCUUUUAUUAUAAUUGUUGUGAGGAGAU